AUGCAAAUUUUUGUGAAGACUCUCACUGGAAAAACCAUCACUCUUGAGGUUGAGGCAUCGGACACCAUCGAAAAUGUUAAAGCGAAGAUACAAGACAAAGAGGGUAUCCCUCCCGAUCAGCAACGUCUAAUCUUCGCUGGAAAGCAACUUGAGGACGGCCGUACGCUGUCAGACUACAACAUUCAGAAGGAGUCUACCCUUCAUCUUGUUUUACGCCUUCGUGGAGGUAUUAUCGAGCCAUCACUCCGUCAGUUAGCGCAGAAAUACAACUGUGACAAGCAGAUCUGCCGCAAGUGCUAUGCUCGCUUGCCACCUCGUGCUUCUAACUGCAGAAAGAAGAAGUGCGGUCAUUCGAAUGACUUACGCAUCAAGAAGAAACUGAAGUAA